AUGGCGCCCCUGUGCCGGUCCCUCUCGUCUCUGGUGAAACGCACGGAGUGUCUGCGGAGAGUGGGUGUUUUCAGCAGCUUUCAGCAGGACCUACCCGAACACCCGAUCAGGUCUGGCUGGUGGAAGAGGAAUUUCCGGGCGGUCUCCUGCGGAGGAGCCGCGUUCCAGCCGCUGCUACAGCAGCCCGGAGCCAAGACCUGCGCCGCAUCUGUGAGCAGCAGCUCCUCAGAGGGUCGGGACACUGCAGAGAGGCUCUGGUCCGUCUACAAUGAGACCAAAAAACAGACUGAAGUAAUAUCUACCAGCUCUGUUGACCCGGACAUCAUUUUUGCAAACAAUGAGAUGAGUCUACGAGACAUCGAGAUCUACGGUUUCGACUAUGACUACACCCUGGCGUUCUACUCCAGCCAACUCCACACACUCAUCUUUGACAUAGCGCGAGACAUCCUCAUCAACAACCACCGGUAUCCAGAGGGUUUGCGGAAAUAUGAAUAUAUCCCAAAUUUUGCUGUAAGAGGGCUUCACUAUGACGUCCAGAAGGGACUUCUGAUGAAGAUAGAUGCCUUUCACUAUAUCCAGCUGGGAACGGUUUACAGAGGUCUUCAUCCAGUGCCCGACGAGGAAGUCAUUGCCAUGUAUGAAGGUUCCCACGUUCCUCUAGAGAUAAUGAGUGACUUUUAUGGCAAGAGUACACAUGGCCACACCAUGAAACAGUUCAUGGACAUAUUCUCCCUGCCGGAGAUGACCCUCCUCUCUUGUGUCAACGACUUCUUCAUGAGGCACAACAUCGAUUAUGAACCCGUCCAUCUCUACAAAGACGUGAAGGAAGCUAUCAGAGAUGUCCAUGUCAAGGGCAUUAUGUACCGAGCUGUGGAGGCAGACAUUGAGAAAUACAUUUGCUAUGGUGAGCAGAGCCACGCUGUGUUAAAGAAGCUCUCAGCGCACGGGAAGAAGAUGUUCCUCAUCACCAACAGCCCCUUCGAUUUUGUGGACCAUGGAAUGAGGUACAUUGUAGGAAAAGACUGGAGAGACUUGUUUGACGUUGUCAUUGUCCAGGCUGAUAAACCUAGUUUCUUUAACGACAGAAGAAAACCUUUCAGGCGAGUGACAGACAAAGGUGUCUUACUGUGGGACAGAAUUCACAGGCUAGACAAAGGGCAGAUCUACAAGCAGGGAAACCUCUAUGAGUUCCUCAGACUUACCGGCUGGAGGGGAUCCAAAGUACUUUACUUUGGAGAUCACAUUUACAGUGACUUGGCAGAUUUGACUCUGAAACACGGCUGGAGGACAGGCGCCAUCAUCCCCGAGCUGAGAAAGGAGAUAAAGAUCAUGAACACGCCGGAGUAUGUCCACAUGAUGACCUGGUUACAGGCUUUGACAGUACUGAUUGAACAGAUGCAGGCGCACCGGGAUCCAGCAACCCAAGCUGUUGUCGAGGAGUGGAUCAAAGAAAGAGAAGCCAUGAAGCCGCAGACGAAGGACAUCUUCAACGCCCAGUUCGGCAGCCUCUUCCGCACCUACCACAAUCCCACCUACUUCUCGCGCCGACUCUCACGCUUUGCUGACAUCUACAUGGCCUCCAUCAGUUGUAUGCUCAACUACGACCUCCAGCACACCUUUUUUCCUCGACGCACCCCUCUGCAGCAUGAGGCUCCCUUCUGGCCAGAACAAAGUUCCUCUGGGUUGGGCUUGUCUGCUCCUUCUUCUCCUCUGGCUCCACAGGACCGAAGCACAGUCUGAUCAGACAGGGGAUAUGCAGGAGAUAAAGAUGGGACAAUCUCUACAGCUCAGUUACUUAACUUUAUGCUUUAAGAAGUGUAUUUUAAUAGUGUUAGGUUGUAUUUUAAAGGGUGUAAUUUUAAAAAUGUUUCCUUCUCAACUUUGCUCAGGCUUGUAGACCAUGAGUUCAUUUCAAUGUCCCAAGCACAGAAUCAUGCAAAAUAACGCAAAAACAAACGAAUCAAGUAGAAGCCAGCUGCAUACUCAGUCGAAAGUUGCUUAGGAGCAAUGAUGCUGAGCCUAGAACGUUAUCAUUAUGGUAGUUUCCAUAAUGUUUCCAGUUUCCAGCUCACAGUUUAGUCCAUAAAAGGAAGAUUUAUGUUAUGCAAUGAGAAGGGGGAUGCUAUCUGAGAGCAGUAACUUGAAUGAACGCUUGUGACAAAAACUGUAAAUUGAAACGUCAAAAAUUCUCACUGCGUUCAAGUUGGAUGCUGCAAUUUCAACUCCUGACCACCUUUAUUGUCCUGCUGCCCAGGGACACCAGCAGUCCCAUUUCUCCCAGUAACCAGAAUGCUUUCUAUCAGCAAGCUUAGCAGGAAUAGUGCAAGUCACACUUUUACACACAUAAUCUCUCCGUUUACUCAGAGUGGACGACAGUCCUGUCUAGAACAUUAUUCUUAGGACAUCGGCUUUCACCAUACCCAAACUCUUGUCAUCUACUGUAGAUUUUCUUAGAAGAGCAUGUUGUCUGGUACUAAAAAGUCACUUCAAGCUAAUGCAGCCGAACAUCCUCUCCAUUUGUCUCAGACACAGAGGAAGAAACUUUGCUGUUCCAGCUAAUUAUUUCUAAAAGUGAACAUUUUCUGACCUUGCUAACUUUAUGCUUGUUAACAGAAACUGGAGUGACUUUGGUGGUCUGGCUGUUCACUCCCUGCUCAUGCUAGUGGUUUUAACUGUGGCAUAAAUUGUGUUGUUUCCAGGUCCCUUUGGGUUCUUCCAUCCCUUAAAUCUAAAAUUCACGUGGCUUCAUUACUCUGGGGGUACACUUUGGUUGAGGAGAAAAUUCUCAACUUCAUCUAUGUUUGCUCACUCCAUUGUUUUUCUGUGUUGCUAAAAGGCAAACUCUCAUCCGCCUGCCAUAUUUAAUCAAAUCCAUUUGUGUGUGUGUGUGUGUGUGUGUGUGUGUGUGUGUGUGUGUGUGUGUGUGUGUGUGUGUGUGUGUGUGUGUGUGUGUGUGUGUGUGUGUGUGUGUGUGUGUGUGUGUGAAGAAUACUGUCCAUUCUCUGAUUUUUCUUGAGAGAUCUCCAAACACUGUGGUUAUCGGCUAUGAAUGGAAGCGCUUUCCUGUUUUAGUGAGUUUGACUCUAAAGGCUCUUUUUUUGUUUCAGAAAAUGAUUUUAAUACUACUUAUCUGGUUUAGAAAAUUAGGAAAAAGUUAAUUAUUUAUUUAAGUUUCACAUUUUAAAGAAUUUUUUUAUUUUUAUUUUGGCUCCAAAAUACUGUAUAUUCACCCUUAGCAAAUGUCAAAGAUGAAAACCAUGUUUUGAUUAUUCAAACAUGUUAUUUAUUUUAUUUCAGAUAUUUAUGUCUUAAGGAGCACUGGAUGUAUUACUUUUUAAGCAAAAAGCCUUUGUGCUUUUUUGCGCAAAUGUAACGUUGGGUGGGUUGGAUUUAUUUUUUAGAAUAGAUGCUUAUUACGUAGCUUAAACAGUAGGGGGCAGUCACACACCAGGUUUAACGUGCGUUUGUGUUUUCGCCUUAUUGUCUCUUGCCUUCCCUGGUGAAAUGUUUUUUUUUUUUUUUUUUUUUUUUUUUUUUUUUUUUACAUUGACAUUAUAUUCUCCAUUGCCUUAAUCUGUUGUUCUCAUUACUGCAGGUGUUUUUAUAUUAGGCUGCAUUAUUUUUGGUUCAUUUGAUUUGUGCAAGACUGAAACCAGUUGCACAAUGACGUUGUAGGAUAUAUUUUUUUUAUUACUGGUUUAGCCAUUUUACACCAAACUCAGCCUGAAUGUCGUUGUGGAUGUUGCUGUUUCAUCAUUGAACAAAAAAAAAAAAAAUCCAAGGUUAUAAUGAUUUUAAGUAAAUAGGGGAAGUUGUUUUCUUUACACAUCGUGACUUGAGACCAUGUAAAGCACUAAUACAUCAUGUACAAGGGGUUCAUUAAAUAAAGUUAUGGUGGCAACAGCC